AUGUCACAGGUUACAACGGCGACCGAGGAAUUCAAUCCUCUUGUCAUCAAGCUCCAGAAUGGUCAGACUCUUCAUGUAGAAUCCAAUGAAGCCAUCGACGCGGACGAGAUCCCCAUUAUCGACGUAACAGGAAUCUACAGUGAUAACCUGGCAGAUCGACAGGCUGUGGCCGACAAGAUUCGCGAGGCUGCCCAUCGUAUUGGCUUCUUCUACGUGGUCAAUCAUGGCUUUGACCCUAAACUGGCAGAUGGAGUGUUUGAACAAGCCAAGCGCUUCUUUGCAUUACCACUAGAGAAGAAACUGGAGGUUGACACAAACCUCGUGCCAAAGGAGUAUGUGGGAUACCAUGCCCUCGCGAGUUACAACAGGAAUGGAAGGAAACAUCAUGAUCUCAGCGAAGCUUUCAACCUAGCUUACUCGGCUGAGCAAGAUCCGGAAAACCCAGACAAUGACCCAGGUUCGUCAAUAUGGCCAAGUGAUCUCCCAGGUUUCAAGGAAGCCAUGUACGCAUAUCACACGCCAAUGCUGCGAUUCGCCCGCAAGAUGACGCGGAUCUUCGCUCUGGCACUCCACCUCCCAGAAACGUAUUUCGACGAAUGGACCAAGCGACCUGAAGCGGGCCUGCGCAUUCUCCAUUACCCUGAACAGGAGGCGACGGUAGACGAGCAGAACGGCAUCGGUGCCCACACAGAUUUUGAGUGCUUCACUAUCGUCAACCAAGAUAUGUCAGGUGGCUUGGAGGUUCUGGGUAAAUCUGGACGGUGGAUCCGAGCGAAGCCUGUGCCAAACUCGUUUGUGAUCAACAUUGCCGACUGCUUCAUGAGACAGACAAACGACUAUUUCGUGUCGACGGUCCAUCGGGUCAUCAACAAGAGCGGCAAAGAGAGAUACUCCAUCCCGUUCUUCUACGGACUGGACAGGAAGAUGCCCAUGUUGCCGAUUCCGUCGUGCAUCUCGGAAGAAAACCCGGCCAAAUACCCUGUCAUGACUGCCGGGGAAUAUUAUCUGUGGAGGGCGAAAAAGGCCAAGCAGGGCGACAGUGCCGGUGAAGAUUAG